UCUGGCAGUUGUCGCGCUGGACUCGCUGAGAGUUGUACACUCAGGUUUCGGUUUCUAGUGCGUGGAUUGUGUUGUUGGCUUUUCAAAAAUACACUAGCUUAUAUAUCGAUAUUCAACAGCAUUAAAUACGUUAUACUAUUGUCGGACUCAGUCAAUGUGUGUGCAUCAUUCGAGGAUGUUGCUUGUGCUCUUCUUGUUGAAUCUGAUUGUGGCCAGUCUGCAGGACAAUGUCACCGUUUCGGACGGAUCAACAGCCCUAUAUACAACCAAGGCGGGCUGUGAGACAUUGCUGAAGGGUAACAAUGAAUGCGAGUGUAAGGAUCAGCGCAUCAAGUGCGGUAUGGUAACACUAAGCAGCUCAAAUCAGCUUUAUAGCAUCAGCUGCAGCAUUUUUGAUGUUCGUGGUUUUGGCUAUUUACCGCCAUUGAAAGCCGGCCGUAUUGGCCAACUCAGUAUCGACAAUUGCGCAAUACCCAACGAGCAGACAAUUCGCCAGAUGCUUUUGAAAUUGGGCAUCAGCAACUAUACCGAACUCGAGGUGUCCAACUACUUUGAGACGCGUGACGAGCGGGAUGAGUUGUUGCAACAACGAUUUACCAACUAUCCAGGCCUUAAAAAACUUUCGCUAAUCGGCUUUAAAGCUCUGCUACCAGCUAAUUUUCUGGAGAACGUCACAGAUAUCACAGACCUAACGCUAAAGGGCCGCAGCGAUUUGCCAGCCACAUUGUUGCAUCCCCUCGUCCAUCUGAAGCGACUGUCGAUUGUUGUGAGAAACAUGGCGAAUGUGGCAAGUGAAAUCUUUGCCAAACAAACCGAGUUGUUGCAACUCUCACUUGACUGCUCGCUGAAGAACAGCAGCGUGGAGAUGUCGCUUCUGAGCUCCCAAGAGUUGUGGCACAUGACAAAGCUACGUGGCUUCGAGCUGCACAACUGUGGCGACAAUGUGCCCGCCGAACUGUUCUGGAAGUCGGAGAAUCUUUCCUACAUUGGCAUACGAAGCAACAUUAGCUAUCUGGGCAGAGAUUUUCUUAAAGCACAAAAGCAGCUGCUGGUUUUGCACCUGGAACGCAACAAUAUUGCGAGACUACCAGACGAACUCUUUCAUCACUCCCCUCUACUACUCGAGAUUCAUCUGGCCCACAACAAUUUGGAUCGCAUUCAGGGUGGCCUUUUCGACAAGCUCAAUAAUCUACAGAUUCUCAACCUGGAGCAUAAUCCAAUUACAACUGUGGCAUUCAAUGCAUUUGCCGCAGUUUCCACUGCUCGCAUUUACAUCGGGGAUCUAUUCAAGGCUCAGAAUAAUGCGGAUUGGGCGCGUGCCACAAAUGCGACCCUGUGUGAGGAGGAAUAUGUCAAUGGUGUAUGUCGCUACUGCAAACGUGAUGAGUACCUGGAUCACUUUUCGGACAAGGAAAUAUGUAACAAGCGUAAUGAUCCUGGCAAACUUAUCGAGGUGCUAACCCGUAAAGUUUUUGAGAAUCGCCUAAAGCUCUCGCCCAGCUAUCAAACUAAAUUAAAGGACAACAUUUUUGCAGAGACUAGCAUCCUAAAAGAAGAAGAUGACCAACAACACAAUAAUUAAAUAAAAUAUGAAGUUGUUAAGAAAUAAAUAUAUAAUUUAUAAGA